GCCGCGCAUUGUUCCUGCCUCUCUGUUUCGGCCGCGCGCUGUUGCUGUCGUAGCGGCUCUGCCUCUUUCUCGAGCUCGCGCUUCCCCACAGCUGUUGCCUUUCGUUACCCCCGCACAGCUGCUGUUGUCUGCGGCGCGCGCUCUCCCCGCUGCCGCCUCAUCGCGGCACCGGCUAACCGCCUAAAAUGACUACCAUGCGAAUGCAGUAGAAUAAAUGGCGUCAAAAGUAACAGAUGCUAUAGUCUGGUAUCAGAAGAAGAUUGGAGCAUAUGAUCAACAAAUAUGGGAAAAAUCUGUUGAACAAAGAGAAAUCAAGGGUCUGAGGAACAAGCCAAAGAAAACCGGACAUGUGAAGCCAGACCUCAUAGAUGUCGAUCUUGUAAGAGGUAAGGCUUUUGCCGCAAUAGUAUUAUUCUAUACAGCAGCAAGCUCACAUAACAUACCUCUGACUGAAGUAAUUGGGCCAAUAUGGCUAAUGUUGCUACUUGGAACUGUGCAUUGCCAGAUAGUUUCAACACGAACUCCUAAACCACCACCUAGCACAGGGGGUAAAAGAAGAAGGAAAUUAAGGAAAGCAGCACAUUUGGAAGUACAUAGGGAAGGAGAUGGCUCUAGUACCACAGAUAACACACAAGAGGGAACAGUGCAGAGCUACGGUACAAGCACCCCUUACAGUAUUGGCACCGUCUUCAGAGAUAUCUGGCAUGCUGCUUUCUUUUUAUCAGG